AACUCCUCUACUCAGCACCCCUCAAUUUAAAAAAGUAAACUGUGAACGUGGUAGAAGAGCCGCCAAAACACCCUCUCCCUUCAGGCUGUGAUCUACGAGAGCUAUAGCAGAAAAUAAGCCGGUUUCUUUGGAACUUUUGGUUGUCUCCCGCUCUCCUGCCACAGCCCCAUAUCCCCUGAAAAUGUACGCGUGCGCCAAGUUUGUUUCCACCCCCUCCUUGGUCAGGAGCACCUCUCAGAUGCUGAGCCGAUCGCUUUCUGCAGUGGUGCUGAAACGACCAGAGACACUGACAGAUGAGAGCCUCAGCAGCGUGGCAGCCCCACAGACCAUGACCUCAUUUAUUCCUAGCCGCAGCUUCCAAACCAGCACCAUUUCAAGGGACAUCGACACAGCAGCCAAGUUCAUUGGGGCGGGGGCUGCCACAGUAGGGGUGGCUGGUUCUGGGGCUGGAAUUGGGACUGUGUUUGGGAGCCUCAUCAUUGGUUAUGCCAGGAACCCUUCUCUGAAGCAACAGCUCUUCUCCUACGCCAUUCUGGGCUUUGCCCUCUCAGAGGCCAUGGGGCUCUUUUGCCUGAUGGUGGCCUUUCUCAUCCUCUUCGCCAUGUGAAGGAGCCGUCUCCACCUCCCAUAGUUCUUUCUCCCAUGUCUUGUCUGCCCUGUAUGUUCCUUUUCCUAUACCUCCCCAGGCAGCCUGGGGAAAGUGGUUGGCUCAGGGUUUGACAGAAGGAAGACAAAUAAAUACUGUAUUAAUAAGAUGUU